AUGUCCGGUCGUGCCCUGUGGAUUAAGGAAUGGAGCAUGAAUUCCGCCCGUGCUUGUUUCAUGCUCAAUUGCCGUGAGAGGAUCUCCAUCGCGGUCCACCGGUAUAAGAUCCGCAACAGUGAUACAGCCGAAGUGCUUGGCGUAACGGAUCUAUUAUUAUUUCGGGAGGAAAGCCACAAUGUGAGCGGGUCUUCUCUGUUUCAGAUAGCUCUGUCGGCGGAGAUGGCUUCUGCAGUUACGGCUCGAGGGAAACAGGGUGGAUGCGAAAUUAAGAUGAUCCAGAAACCUUCCUGGUUGAUGGAAUCUGUAGAUGUAGAACUUCUAAUUGGCAUGUUUAGAAGCAUUGCGGAGGGGACAUAUGCCGAUGUAUUUCGCAGUAGAUGUGACCGGAGUCGACAGAUCCUCUUCACCCUAUGUUUCUGGUAA